CAUUAGCGCUCGCGCACAGAGCUCCACUAAACGUCAAAUCAAGCAGCAAUUUCACGCAUGCCUGACGUCAGCACUUCGAUUAGGAGAGCGCGAGAGCGACAGGCGAGGGAAAAUAAACUUCACGCACACUUUGGGAGAAACCAUUCGGCGAUCGCUGUUUUUUCUCCCUCCGCUCGGUGAGUAGGAGAGCCGGCCCGCUGCUGCAGGCAUGCUCAGCUGAAGGCUCUUGCAGUUGGAGCCGCUCGCAGCCACUGACGCCGGGCGCAGGCGAACUGCGACGGCCGCGCCAAACGAGCACCAGUGAUGGCCUCUGCUGAGCAGCUGUGUCCCCACCCGCUGCACCAGCACUGCCCAUAGGCCACACACGCAUACACACAUACACAACGCCUAUAGCCUCCCUUUCCAACACGUCCUUACACACACACACUCCACCAUGUACAGUGUGGAAGACCUGCUGAUCUCUCAUGGAUACAAACUGCCCAGGAGUGCACCUGCCUCCUCCGCUUCCGCUGCGCCUUAUGACAAUCGAAACAACGAAUGUCGUCGUGACAAUAUAGAGAACCGGCCCACUGCUAGUGGUGCUGCCGGUGGUGGUGGUGCUCUGAAUGGAUUUGGGACAACUGAGGGGGGAGCGGACGGCAGGACAGAAGCGAGCACCGGGGUGUACCGACCUGCGCCGGUCAAGGCUUACCCAGAAAACAACAACAAUAUUAACGAGGGCCACGACAGAAUUCAGCGGAGAUUGGAGGUUCCUGUUGCUUUCCUUGGUGACUUGCAACCUCUGGGCGACUCUCUUGCUACAGACAGCGGGUUCUACGAUGCCCCCAGCCUGACAUUCUCUGAACAUGCAGAUGAAAGAGAUAUUUCAUUCUGGAGAAGGAGAGGACAGGACUUUGGUGCGCUACUGGACUAUGCUGAUCCCAGGGAGCUUAGAGUGUCUGGAGGAUUGUGGCGAGGCCCGGUGCUAGGCGUUGAAGAGCUGAGAGCUGAGAGGCCGCUGGCACGGUGGGAGGAAGGGCCAUGGUUACGGGAACCAAUAGACUCGGGCCCAGAGACUUUACGUGUGACUGGGGAGCGAAAAUGCCAGAGCCUUGGCACAGAGGAAUGGCGCCCUGCAGUAGGGCUGGGUCGGCAGUUGUCAGAUGGAGAGGCUGAACAUUGGUCUCUGGAGCAGCAACACCGCCUUCGACCAGCAGAGGGCAGUGUUACUGCCACAGUGCGAGCCAAGUCCCAGUCGCUCCCUCGAGUCCUUUCCCCCGAGGAUCCACACUAUGGAGAAAUUCCUCAAACCAGUGCCCCAAAUCAUCCCCCUACACAAAGAAGUAGUAGCUCUGCACCAUAUGGUCGAUACCACAGUGAGUGGCCAGCAGGGGAGAGGUGGAGUGGACAGACCCAAAGUCACGGCCCCGCUGCAGUUGUACCAAAGCCACGAUUCAGCCGCCCCGUCAAACCUCCGUCUUAUGAGACUCACCAGCAAAACAGGGGGAGCUGGGAAACUCUGUCAUCUGAGCCUGUGUCCAAACCCAGGGACCGGUCAGUGUGUUUCACUCAGAAUUUUGAACCACUCAGAGACAGGUCUGGUUGUUAUUCUCAGAGUGCAGAGCCUCUGAGAGAUCGGUCCAUUUGCUUUUCACAGAGUGCGGAACCACUCAGAGACCGCUUGAUGAGCCACUCUCAGAGUGCUGAACCACUAAGAGACCGAUUUAUCAGUCAUUCACAAAGUGCAGAACUUCUGCGGGACCGCUUUUUCACCCAUUCACAUAGUGCUGACCUGUUAAGGGACCGAUCACUUUGCUAUUCUCAGAGCUCAGAACUGCUUCGAGACAGGUCCAUUUGUUACUCCCAAAGUGCAGAACUUCUGAGACCAGAAGCAUAUAGGGCAGAUCUGUUUUACCAUGAACUGACUGGCAUGGAGCCACCUGGUUACAUCCCACCUCCCUCUUACAGGAGAUUCCUGCCACCCAGGAGUGGACAGAACUACAGAGCGGACUCUGCACUUGUUCGGUGGAAGCGUGAGCCAGUAAGUGCAGAGAUGGGCCAGUGGUUUUCCAGGACCUCAGGAUUGUCCUGGUCAGAACGGCGUGAAGACCGAAGCAUGGCGGUAGUUCCGAGAAGGCCUGUGCAUCCAGGGCCUGUUGUACCAAGCCGUCCGGGACUUUUCCAAUAUGUCCAAUUUGAUGACCCGCGUAUCAGGCAAGUCUCAGGGGGGCCCUGUGGAAACUCACUCACAGACGCGGACAAGAUCCGUCACGUCAACAAAGAGCUUCCCUGCGCUGCAACUUUAGGACAAUCCACACUUGAUAGUGCCUUUCUCCCUUCACAGGGACAGAGUCUUAGCACGGACACUAACAAACCGGCUCUCACUGAACAGGAGAACUCUAACCGCUGGCACAAGGGAAUGAACAAAGGCAGUGACACUGUAGCAACUGAUCAGAGCUGUGUCAAGUACCCUGCAGCCUUUCAGACCAGACCUCUGCAACCAAUCGUUAAAACAGACAGAGGAACAGAGCAGCAGAAUAAAGUAGACAGAAUUGCAGACCAGGUCAAGGUGGAGGGAACAACAGAGCAGGUAAAAGUGGAGAGAGGUGCUGAACAGAUAAGAACAGACCAAAUCAAAGUGACAGAGCAAGUGAAAACCGAAAAUAGAGUUAUAGAACAAAUCAAAUUGGAAAAGCCUACAGAUCAAGUCAAGCCAGAUAGGUUUACUGACAAGCAAAUAAAGGUGGAAAGGUUAGCUGACCUUAUACAAGUAGACAGAAUCCCAGAUCAAAUUAAGGCUGACAGAUAUACGGACAAACAAAUUAAGCCUGAAAUCAAAGCAGAGAAAAUGUCUGAAAAGCCUGCUAAAGCUGACAGAAUAUCAGACAAGCAAAGUAAAGCUGAAAGACUUCUAGAAAAACACUUGAAGAUAGAUAGGAUUUUAGAAAAACAACUUAAGGCAGAUAAAAUGUUAGAAAAACAAUGUAAGCCUGAAAAAUUUGCAGAGAAGUCGAAUAAGGCUGACAAACAGGGAAAAGCAGACAGCAGUACAGACCAGAUAAAAGGUGAGAAAAACACUGACAAGGCUGGAAAAGCUGACAAAUCCAUGGAUAAAGGUUCCUCAGAGAGUGUUUCAACUGUAAAGACAGAACCAGUGCAGGAACCUGAAAAAAAGAGUGUAAAAAAGAAACUCAGUGAGACUAUUUUCUGCCUUGUGUCUGUGCCACUUUCACAGUCCAGUGCUAAAUCUAGAGAUCAAAACAACAAUGAAGAGAAGGAACCUGACUCUCCUCCAAUUCCUCCUCCUCCUCCACCAAGCUCCUCUAGCGAGAACAGCAACACUCUCGGCUCCCUGCCAAACCAAAGCCUAAAAAGCACAUCCACCACAUCUACUGACUUGGAGCUACAAGCACUUACGCUAGGUAGCUCUGGAAUAGGCAGUGGGACCAGUAGCAUAGCCACAAGGAGGGCUCAUCGCAGAAGGAACUCACGCUCCAGAAUCAUUAAGCCAAAUCCACAUGAUGAGCUCAGACGGUAUUCCGGAGCUUGGCCAGGGGAUCAGUACCGUGAUCAGGAGACCCAGACAAGCCCUGAGCCCAUAAAGAGCAAUGCAAUCCCAGCUCCUACAAACACAGAAGCACAAGAUGCUCCUGCUGCCCCAGAGGUACCAGCUUCUGCUGAGAGUACAACAGUGGCUCCGGGGGCUGCCCCAGGUGAACAUGGGGCUCCAUCGGCUUCAUCAGCUCCAUCAGUUCCACCAGCUCCAGCAGCUUCAGCAGCUCCACCAGCCUCAGGAGCUCCCAACCCCAGCACCCCUUACGGGUAUCCAAUGAAAGGCCAGAAAAGCCUGAAACCAUCCAGCAACAGCGCCUUUUCAAGGACAGGUACCUUCUCCAAGAGCACAGGUUCUCACAGACCUCCAUUACAUCCCCCGCCACACCCUCCACCCCCACCUCCGACCCAGCCUCCAUCACAACCUCCACCUCCCCCACCAACACAGCCCCCACCUCAGUCCCCACCAUCAGAACAGCCCGAAGAGGCAAAGUCAGCCACAUGCCCAAACCCAGAGGCUUCUAGUCAGAUCAUUCUGAAGCCGGUGAGUCGGCGACCUUGGGAUGCCAUUGAGGAGCUUGAUAUGAUCAAUAAAGAGUUGCAAGAUCAAGCAGGUAAGCAGCCUAGCGUGGACCAGUGCAUUGAGGAUCUAAAUGAGGCCUACAAAGAUAUAAUGGAGCUCAGCACUGCCAGCAAUAACCUUCCCAACCGUUCCUCCAUGCAAAUUCCUGAUCGUAUUAAAUCCAGGCUGUCAACAGAUCCACUUGGAAUUCCUGCAACCGCACUUCGCCCUAGCUUGGUGCCUGGAGGUGACCCAGAAUAUAGGGAGGUGAAGAGCGCCUUUUCCCGUCCAUCAACUGGGAAAAGUGUAAGCUUUAGCAAACAGCUAAGAGAGGAGAUUUGUCCUGUUCCUCCCCUUCCAGAACCAGGUUUUAGAGAUUACAAAACAGUCAUGUCCCAGAUAACACAACGCAAAGCCUGCAGGUCAGUGAAACUGGAAAUGCUAGCCCCAAGAGAGACCCAAAGAGAUGAUGAUUUCAUUUUACAUACCUCCUCCACUUCUUCCAUGCCAGCUGAGCUCCCGUGGGGAGACAGACAGCCCAUGCAGGAUGCCUCCACUCUAACCAGUCCCCCAGACUAUGAGCACAUCUGUCAAACUCUCCAAAUGACUCGUGACUCUGGAGCUGUUAGCCGAGCUUCUGUCAGAUCAAAACCAGGGAGUGCCAUGAGUGUCGAAACCCCUCAACAUGUUCCCAUUCCUGGUAGGCCUCCAGUAGAUUCAGAGCAGCCAUGUUGUUCCUUGUCACUAGAUGUGAGACAGGAGCCAGUCUCUUUAUUCAGGGAGGAAAGAAGCUUGGGUUUUAGGAGGGUAACAAGCCAGUCUAACAGAUUUCUUAAUAAUAGGGGUGUACUGUGUAGCAUUACAACUGGAAAGCCGGUUGGAGACAAAACGGGUCUAGAGGCAAAUCCAGAGGUACCUGCUGACUGGCAGAUGCAGUUAUCAUUAGCUGAAAAACAUAUUGCUACUCUUAUUACAGGAGAGGGUUCAGCAGGAGACAUUGAUAAAUCAAAAAAAGUUAAUGUUGAUGAAGACAUUCACGGCGAGUCAGUUAAGAAUGAAGAGAGCAAAAAUACAGAGACUAAUGUAAAGGAUGAUAUCGUUACUGCUCAGCAGAAACAUCUAGAAGUACAAGAGAAAGAAAGGGAGCAAAUUAAGAUUACUGAAAGUCAACAUACUGAAAUGACAGAGGAUGUUAAAGCAGAGGACACCUCUAAAGAGAAGACACAAACAGAACAAGAAAAAUGUGAUCAUAAAGACCCUAAGACUGAAGAAAGAAACCAAGAGAAUAAUGAGACCACAGAGGCAAAAAAAGAACCAGAAGUCAAUUUGAGAGUAAAUAAGGCUGCAAUGUGGACCCAAUCAGGUGUGGAUUCAGAGCUUCGACCUGAAUUUCCACCAGAACACCUUCCCCUAUCAGUGUUACCUUCCACUAAUCGUAGAUUGUCUCUAGGGCUGGAUUGGGAGAUGGGUGGUUGGGAAGGGGAAAGUUUAGGACAAGGUGGCUUCUGGUCGAAAGAGAGACUGUCUCUUGAUGCUGAACAGUGGAGUAUUUGUGGGGAGCGGAUGGGCUUAGACAGUGAUAAACAAGAAGGAGGUGGUGAAAAACUGGGUCUGGGGGGUUGGCGUGGGUGUGGGAUAGACAGACAAGCUGAUUCAGAAUGGGACUUGGAUACUAAUCAACAAGAUAGUGGUGACAAAGAGGAGGUUUCAGACACAAAGCAGAAAACACUUAAUCACAGUGAAGGUCAGAGCAGUCCAGCCUCUAGCACUAAUAAAGUGCAGCAUAAACAAGACUCUGCAAAUAAAGGCAGUGAUAAGGAGCAGAGUCAAGGUUCUGAAGAACGUCAAUGUGCAACCAUAGAGAGAAGGAGCCGUGGACUUUCCCAAAGAAUAGAGGCUCUUUUUACAGCCCCGCCCGGACAUGGCUCAGAGGAGAGGCUUGCCCGAAUGAGGGAGGUGGACACUGUCUCACGAAUGAGACGCCUGAGCCUCCGUAGCUCAGACUCUUGGGAUGGACUGCAGGGGGUGGGAAGGUGGGCAGAGUUUGGGAAGGAGGAAGAUUGCCCACUUCCUGGCCCACAGGAAACUUUAAACAUCACGAAGGGAGAUGCCCUUCCCCCAGUUAGCAGUGAACCUAAAGAAUCUACAAACGAUCAGGCAACUCUAAAAGAGUCCCAGGAGCCCAGCCAGGCAGAAAGGUCGUAGCUGAACCCUAGAGGUCAUCCACCUGAGGGACAGCCUCCAGCACUGUGACCUGGCUGUCUGCUAAAUGCCUUCAUCCUCAUAUGCUACUAAAACAUCCUCAGACAUUAAAUUGCACACAUACACAUGCACAUACAAGCUCAACGUUAGACACAGAUACUCAGAGACAUGUCUCUUAUGCUAAUAUUUCCCUCAUACAGAUACAUUCUUACACGUGCAUACGUGUAUGCAAACAGACACAAGGAUACUCAUUCUCAUGUAUGCAGACACUCAAAUGCAUUCAGAACACAUUUGCCACACUGAGACAUCUAAAAUGGCCUUUUUCUCCGACAAGAGCAUUGUGUAUCGACUCCACUCCAUGUCCACUCUGUUCCAGCUCUGCUGGCUUUCUAAGUGUUUGCUGUUCCACUGCCAGAAGGAGGCAAGUUCCCAACAAUGCCCCCCCUCCAUAUGUUACCGUUGUCAUCAUGUCCCGUUUCUGUCAGUUCUCACUAUUGCCAUCCUUUCAACCCCCAGCAAAUUUUGGCCGGUUGAAUAUUGUUAGGUGCAAAAACAAAGAGCGAACAUCGUUGUGUUACCUAGAAUCAUACAAAACAAAGUCUCUGUCUUGCGUAAGAAACUAUAGACUGUUUGAAAAGUAUGACAGAACAAUCAGUGGAGUUUAAAACCAGCCAAAACCAACUCUGCAAGUCCUUUCCUCACAUAUUUGCAUGUUUCUUCUACCCUCAAUCUGUUUUUACUAAGACCUCAGUCGUAACUUUUCAUCUCACUAAGCUUGCAUACAUCUUAUUAAUUUUUCCUUCAUCUAGACAGUGUUAUCUCUGCGCACCGACGUUAACACCUUUGUUUGUGUCCUCAUCGUUCAACGUUCAGUCUCUAUGUAGUCGACGUCCUGUGCUACACUUCUUAAUUACAAUGACCACGAGUGAUUGACUUUACACUUUAACCAUUAUAAAUCCUUAUAUUGCAGUGAACCAGUAUCGAUCUUUCAUCUGUUUGUUUCCCAUUCCUCUUGCUGACUGAACCUCACUGUAUUUUCUUUAAGAUGAACCCCACCCUAACACUGUGUUCUAAGCGUAACACGAUGUCAAGCAAUUUUUACUCUUUGUCACUGAAGGUAAAAAGCUGCAUGAAGUGACGCAAAUACAGCCAAUCAAAAAAAUCAAACCCAUUUACAUUUAUGCAUUUGAUAGAUGCUUUUAUCCAAACUGACUUGCAGUGCAUUUAAAGGUAUUAAUAUUUGUUCAUAUGUUACGGCAGCAAAGUCCUUGAUUAUUACGGCAGAAUGAGAGUAUAGUUCAUAGCCAUAUAUGCAUAAAAAAAUCACAGCUUUUAAUUUUCCGUCUGUCUUAGUACACGAUGUAACUACAGAAGAGUCACGUUUUAAUAGGAAAAAUAUCAAAACUCUUUGGUUUAUUUUUGAGCGCAAUGCUAAUGGUCUAAUCAGAUUCAAUGGACUGUGCUAAGCUAUGCAAAAAGUGCUAGCGCCAGACCCGGAGAUGGGCUGAAUGGAUCCAAAACUGUAAAAAAUCUAAUGUUUAACUGGAAAAUGAGCAUAUUUUUUUAAAAAGUGGAGUGUCCAUUUAAACAUUUAGGUCCAUAUGUAUGUAUAUAAAAAAUAUUCAAAUAUUGAAGGGGACAAUUUGGCUGUUUCUUAUCAUUUGGGAGGGGCUUGUUCCCCUCAAAUGUUAAACGUUAAUUACAUUUUCACUAACAGCCCAAAUUUUGCUAGAAUUGGUUUCGGUGUAUGUAUACCUUGGGGUUUAAACCCUUGACCUUUGCACAUUUACCAGUUAAACUGCAGAAACAAGCCAUUUUGAUGGUCUUGAUACAACCACUGAUGUAGUUUUUUUUACUUGAGUCUUUAAUUGAGGAUUUUGAGUUAAGAGCAAUGAAAACCUAUAUAUAUUUUGAGCAUUGCUGUUGUAGCAGAUUAGGACAAAACUUUGAUUAUAAUGAAUGAGAACCCAAAAUGCUUUCAUGCAUCCAACCAGGCACUACAAGUAAUUCAUCCAUGUUGCUUGUAUGGCUGAGUUAUCCAAGAAGACCAAUAAAAUCUCAAGUCUUGGAUGAAAACUUUGAGAAGUUUGUCGCUUCACUUAGAACACAGUGUUUACAAGCAGUACCUCAACCCAAAAAUUCACCCCAUGAAACCUCAUAAAUUCGUCAUUCCUUAAAAAAACCAUUAUGUGAGGACAUGCUCGACCCCUAACAUCCCAUGACUCUCAUCUGUCACUUUCUUGUCGUUUGUUGGAACAAGUGGCCCGCUUGUGGAGUGCUUUUGGGGGAUGUGGUUACCCCUCUCUCCAAUGUCUUUCUUUUUGAGCAGACAUGAAUGUUUUGUAAAUGCUUUUUAAAAUUUUGGUAUAUGCUUAUUUUUACUUUACCAAAACCGGUAUGGCCGACUUAAGAGAACUGUUUGAUUUUGUAAUUAAUUUUUUUAUCACGUUUGUGUCACCUGAGCUGUUUUGCUCCAAAUGAGAAGUUUCGCAUGAGGUGACAGGAGAAGACGCUCAAAGGCUCUGAACUGUUUUCAUUUACCGAUGAAUCGAUCAAAGAAACCAUAUCGCUCUUGGUUUGAACCCACAGUGCCAGAACUGUCGCAGCACACUGUAACAUAAGUCACCGAGCGUAGAGAGAUUUGUUCGGUAUCGAUUCAGAGAUGUAUCGCAGGUCAUACGGAGGCCUGGGUUGAAUGAGCAGUAUUUGAUGUAUCAACUUGAAAAGCACCUUGUUAACGUUUUUAUCGCGAUUGGAUUCAAAGAGAAUUUUUAGCUAUCGAGUGGCCUUUUUGAAACACCAGUAACGAUAAGCCUAAGCGAAUUAUACAAACACCACCAAAAUGUUUGCUAUCUUAAGUGUCGAAAUGUGCAUCAUGUUUUGAAUGUUCGUCUGAUAUAUCAAAUACCUUAAAUGAUGUUGUGUGACCCAGGUUUCACCCAGGCAUGAUUUAAAAUUAGGCGAUUGUUUUCAGGCGAUGUCGACUUUUUGAAACAGGGUCCAGACAAGAACACAAUAACGCGCGUUAGCUACUGUAAAGUUGCGUGUCUAUGCCCUAAACCCCCAGGUAACUUUCGGGAAGCAAUAAAUGCUCAAUGAACAAGCGAAACGUGUACAGAUAAUUCUUACGGUUAAAUGUAGACGGUUGCGAAGUAGAGGUCAGGUCUAGAUAUGUAAUGAUUUGGAUUAGUUUAGGUGAAAGAUACUAUACAAUAAUGUGUGAUAUGUACGGAUUUUGCUAAUUUUAGGAAAACGAAAAACUUUAAAGAUACCAUAUUAUGUUAUAUGGAUUGGAGCGAUGUGAUACUUUAUGAGAUCAUAAUGCAUGAAUGCUUGAGCAAUAUUGUCCAACAUAAACGCUCAUUGGCUGUAGAAAGUCUCGGAAACAGGAUGUACUCGUGUUAAUCUGUCAUCUAUCCAAAUGUCACUCAUAAAAAAGCAUUUGAAGUCAUGCAGGUGUGCCUGUGCGCGUGUAUGUGCGUGUGUGCAAGUGUGCGUGUUGCUUGCUUUUUCGACAUCCAUAAUAUUAAAAAAGGCAUUUCACUGAAUACUUAUUUUUCUUAUCAUUGAAAUUGUUAACCAGUCUGCAUAAUGUAUAAAAUAAAAGUAUAUUUUAAAUAUUUUAAAAGAUAUUUUGUAUUUAACCAUAAUAAUUAAUUUCUUCACUCUUGGAUCAAGUUGGCAUUGUUAUGUUGCUGUAUAGAAUGAUAAGAAAAUUAUAUAUCUAUAAUUUUUUUUAUUGCUUAAAGUAAAAUAAAAUACAAAACAAGAAAAAAAGUUGAGUAAAUUUAACUUGAAUGUUUACAGAGACCUGCAGUGCGUCUCAUUUUGGCUCUUGAACCUUGGACUGAUAGGGGUCCUCAUUGUAAACAUUGGAAGUGAAUUACAGGAUUAUGCUUUUUUGAGUUUGUAGUAAAUGCUGCAGUAAAGUACAAAAGGCCCGUUGUUGAUAUUUUAGACACUGUAUAGCUGUAAUAUUUAUUGAAUUUACAUGAACAACAAAUUGGACAUUAAGUGGAUCCAAUUCCAGCUGCCAAUAGAAACAAGUGGUUCUGUUACAACAAAGUGCAGAUAUUACAACAUUAGAAGUGACUUGUUUGGUAAUUACAUUUAAAGCUAAAUGUGGCCUUAUUUUAUUUCAGCAUUUGUAUGUCUUCCAUUCAGAAUCAUGUACUGUUAUCAUCAUAAGCUCGUACCAACAGCUUUCUAUAAAGAAAUGAAACACAGAAGUCAAUAAAUAAGAACACGCAGCCAAAUAUUUUUCAUCUUUCUUUGCAAAAACGAUAAGUUAAUGUUUGGAUUUGAAGAAUGAUGUGUAGCACAGUCACAGGAUCUGUUCCCUCUUUCAUUGAAAAGGCCAUAACUGUUAUGAUUUCAAGCUGUUUCCAUGAGAAAAAUAUGUAGCAUUUUAUGCCAUUGUAGCAUUUAGAGAUAAAUGUGAAAUAGCCACUGAAUCAUACUGUUUUACUUUCAAUAGUAACAGUCAGGAUGAUGACACUGUCUGUAUUUUAAAACACAAGCUGCUUGUUGCGUUUUCAUGCCAAGAGUGUCAUGAGUUACAUUUUUUAUGCUAAUUUUUUAUCAUCUGACCUUACUGGAUAUCAUGGUUUGCAUUUGCAUCCAUUUUUGGUUUCAUGUUUGUAAAUGUUUUAGGCAUUUGAAAUGUAAAUAUGUGACAUAGGGAUGAAAAAAAUCGAAUUUAAUAAA